AUGCCUAAGAAGUCAAGUUCAUCAUCUAAAUCAACAUCGUUGUUCGAUAUUAGAUUAAAGAAUCUUGAUCAUGAUGUAUUGGUUUUAAAAGGUAAUGAAAAUGACGCUGCUUCAGUAUUAUUAAGUGGAAAGAUUUGCUUAUCAGUAAAUGAACCAUUUACCAUUAAGAAAUUAUCCAUCAAAUUAUAUGCUACUUUAAAAUUAAGUUGGAAUGAAACAGUUACUACUUCCAAAGGAGGAUUUUCAAAACCAGUUCGAUUUUCAAAGAAAAUAUUCGAACAUAAUUGGGAUAAUUCGGAAAUUAAUCAAUAUCUUAAUAACUUGUAUGAAAACAAUGCUUCCGUUAAUGGAGGUAGUGGUCCUAUUGGAUUAUCAUCUCGAAACCAAUCUACUUCAUCAUUAAAGAAUUUAGGUAGUUCAUUAAGAUCAAAAUCAUCCAGUAAUUUAACUGGCUCAUCAACUAAUCUUGCUUCUUUAAAUGGUUCAUCAUCAAAUUUAUCAUCAUCAAAAUCUCAUCUUUUAGUUCAAGGUAAUUAUGAAAUCCCCUUUAGUUCUAUCUUACCGGGUAAUAUGCCUGAAUCUAUAGAAGGAUUACCUGGUGCUUCGUUAGUUUAUAGAUUAGAAGCAACUAUCGAUAAAGGUAAAUUCCAUAAUCCAAUGGUGGCAAAGAAACAUAUUAGAGUUAUAAGAACUUUAACCACUGAUUCAGUAGAAUUAUCGGAAACAGUAGCUGUUGAUAAUACUUGGCCAAAGAAAGUUGAAUAUUCUUUAAAUGUUCCUCAAAAGGCAAUUGCUAUCGGUAGUGGUACACCAGUAAGUUUUAUGAUGGUUCCAUUAUUAAAAGGAUUAAGAUUAGGUGAUAUUAAAAUUCAAUUAGUAGAAUAUUAUUCAUUCUUAGGUUAUUUACCUCCACCUUACAAUGGAGAAAGAAUUGUUACAGAACGGAAAAUUAAACAACCUGAUGAAAAUGAUCCUAAUUUUCAAAUGGAUAAAUGGGAAGUUGAUACAUUUUUAAGAGUUCCUCCAAGUUUAGCUAAAUGUACUCAAGAUUGUGAUAUUCAACAACAUGUUAAAGUAAGACAUAAAUUGAAAUUCGUCAUUGGUUUAGUUAAUCCUGAUGGUCAUGUAUCUGAAUUAAGAGCUUCCUUACCUAUUCAAUUAUUCAUAUCACCAUUUGUUUCGAUUAGAGCUAGAAAUGAAGAAAAUUUAAGUGAUGUCGAACUGAUUCCUGAUAAAAAUGAUCAUAAAGAUACUGCUAAUACUAAUGGAGAUGAAAAUCCUCAUGGUAGAGAUGAAGAAUUAUUAUUUGCAACUGAUUUCAAUAGUGCUAGUAAUACCAGUUUAAGUGAAUUAGCCGAUCAACAAGCUAAUAAUGGAGAAUUAAGAUCAAAUGAACAUUCUUAUACUUCAUUCAAUGGUAUAAUGGCUCCACCAUUAUAUGAACAACAUAUUUAUGAUCGUUUAUGGUCGGAUAUAUCACCAAUUGAAUCCCCUAUGAAUUCAGGUACUUCUACGCCAAGAUUAUAUUCAAGAGGUACAUCUGAUUUACAACAACAAUUUUCAAUGUCUCCAUUGGAUAGUAAUCUUUUAACAGAAAAUUUACGUCAAUUAAGCUUACAAAGAUUAAUGCAAGAUAAUAAUGAUCAACAACUGGUAGUUUCUACUCCUGAUAUUGCUGAUGAAUCUCCUAGAGGAGCAAUUUUCAAUUUAGAUGGGGAUGAUAGUGCUAGUCAAAAUGGAGAUUAUUUCUCUAGUAGAAGAACUAAUUCAGGAUUACCGAUUAGAUCAGGAUCACCUAAUUUAAUUGCUUUACCCAGUAAUCAUAUUUUAAAUGCGGGUGGAUUACAAUCACCUCCGAAUCAUAUAUCAAGAAUCGGAUCUGAUACAAGUCUUUUACAUCAUGAAACUUUAUCGAAAGUUCCUACAUAUGCUCAAGCUAUGAAAUCGGAUGUAACUAACCAUGAAGAUGGAGUAUUAUCACCGGUAUAUCAACCACCUUUACCUGGAUCUGGAAUCAAUUUAGCAGAAUUAAAUCGAAGAUUCGAUGAAUCUCCUCAUAGUCCUCAUAUGGUUAAAACCAGUAGUAGUCUUAGUAAUAAUAAUUUUAAUAGUCGAUCAUUAUUAUCACGAGGAUCAAGUUCAUUGAAUUUAAGAACCUCAUCUAAGAAUUCAUCUGCUAGUACUUCUCCAUCUCAAUCGAGAAAUGUUUCAUCAUCGAAUUUAGUUUCAUUAUCAAGAACAUCAUCAAAGAGAAGUGGAAGUGGAUUAAAUUUAUUAAAUCAUGCUGGUGGAAAUGUUAUCACCAAUGGGAAUGGUCAACCACUUACGACCUCUUCUAGUGUUGUAUCCAAUUCAAUCCAUUAUAAAACAUUAGAAACUCCAAGUCAUAUAAUGAAUCCAACCCCAUCAUCAUCAUCCACAUCAACUAAUGCAUCAUUAUUAGCCGCUGCAUUACAAAGUGGAGCAUCAACUACAAAACCUUCCAGUAGCGCUACUGAUAGAUCAGCUUCUACUCCAAUUAAAUCAAGUUCAAGUGUAAGUUUACAUAAUUUAUCAUUCUUGAAUCGGAAAAAGGAAAAAUCCAAGAAUUGA